GGGUGCGGGGGUUACGGAGACGGGUUGGUACGAAGCUGAACGCAUGUGCAGGGCGUCUCGCGUCGCGGCGCUCUGGUACCGUAGUGGAGGCUGCGAAAGCGGCCGAACGGAAUUCGCGGAUCAGAGUCGUCGCAUCUCUUGGAAAGAUACGUGAGCGCGUAACGUUACUUGGUAUCGGAAGUUAACACGAGUUUAUUGCCUGUUGUCGAGAGAGAUCAGAGAAAGUCGAGAACUUCGUUGAGAACUUCACGGUCUGUGUGGUGGCGCCCUUAGGAGGACGCACGUGCCGGAGAUCCUGGAUGACAAGGAACCUAGAAGAUUUUUGAAUAUCGUUAUAUAACAAAGGGAACACUGUAGAUUCCUGGGGAAUGGUAUUGGGCUCCUAUAUCGUGAUAUAUCGCUCUACAAAUGUGAGUAGGGCUCUCUUUCCCAAGUCCCCUGUGGAUCGGAGCGUACGGCACGCGGUACCAAGUGCCAGGCUGCAAAGAAACUGGAUAUACGAACUUUGGAAGGAGCGAGUGCCGAGCGGGCCGACGUAAUUGCGUUUUCAUCGGACGCGACGCGAUGCCGUGACAAGCGUUCCGGGAGCGUGACGACGCCUCGCAGCAGCGGGUCACGCGAGACGGCCAGAAACGCAGGAGGGGGAUAGGUGGAGAUACCGAGUAACAGAGAUAAUACGGGUAUAGAGAGUGUAAGAAAAAAGAGACUGAUAGUCUCCUAGAUAGACUGCACUAUUGAUCAUUAAAGAUAUUCGAUGUGUUCAUGGACAUGAUCAGUGUAUGAUCCGCUAGGACAAUUGCUCGCUUAUUUUUUAUCGUUCUUUAUUGGCAAAAGCGGCUCGAAAGCUGUGGCGAAUUUGUAACGCGAGAUCUUUACCAGCUAUUGGCGCCGGAGAGAAAAUUUAUAACCUGAGGCAAAAAAAGACGUUUCUGUUGAAAAUAUGGAAAUUUUGGAGGCUUCCGUUACGAGGGACCAUCUGGAUUGUGCUGGGUGUCUCGCUGUCAGAGGACGGAUCUAAAGACCUUUUCUACGUGAUAAACGAUCUUCUAUAGUGAAUCGGGUGUUCAAGCAGUGAAAGGGUGAUGGUGAAUGGAGUCGCGCUGCAUCGCAAGCUCGCAAGGACACAUGUUCCGCGAAUCGUGCGCUUCGACCUUGGACGGAAACUCAUCCUUGCGGUGGUGAAGGAGAAUACGGACAAUCAAGUAGGAGAUUUGAGGAAGACGCGAGGAGUGCCAAGUGGUGGAAGUUAUCAGCCACGACGGGGCCCAGCGCCGGGGUGGAGAGAAGGCCCCCGGUGCAGGGAAGCAAGGCCGAAGAGGGCCCCGAGGAGAGCGUAACGACGGCCCUGAAACCGCAGGGGAGGACUGCUACCCCCUUGUCCAGGGGGAAAACCAGGAGACGGCACCGCCGGCGAAGGCGUCGGAAAAAGAAGCGACGGAGGUGCGGCGUAGCGUCAUCGUCGAGUCGGACAGAAGAGAAGAACGCGUCCGGAGUGGCACGACGUUUUGGAAACGAGUAUCUCGUACCGAGUGAAGAAAUAUAUUCACCCUAGAUCAGCGCGACAACCCCUCGUGCACUUCGUUUCUAUCUUCGCUUGGCUGCUAAAUCGAGGUUCUACAGUGUUCCGUUCUGUACUCCAUUCGGUGGGUGACCCAGUGUGAUAAAUCAAAUGAUAAAGUGAUCCAAGCUAGUGUGAUAUAGGGUCGUUCGAGAAGUGCUUGGUAUAGAAAGUAGUUAAAGAGGAAAAAGCAUACGCGAGGUGACAGGUGGAUAUAGAGUCCUGGGGGGGUGUUCAAAAAAAAAAGAAACUUUGUGAAUAGAAGAAAGAGGCGGGAAUUCGAAAUUAAGGGUUGAAUGGUAGAGAGUGUAACUAGAAGGUUUUAAGGGUUUCCGAAUGAGCAGGUGAUCGGGGGAGUGAUAGUGAUUACCAGUGAUUAAGCGUGUUGAAUAACGCGACCUUAGAUUGUGAAAGGUAGGUAAAAUAAAAGGGCGAGAGAGAGAGGGCGGUGAAAAGUUUGAAGUCGGUGGUACAAGGUGCAAAAGAGGAGGGUUGGAUAAAGUAAACGGGAUAAGAGUACAAAAAUCGAGCCAGACGCGGAGGAGCGUGAGUGUGGUGUGACAGUUACAGUAGCAUGAGUUCAUACUUCGCGAAUUCGUACAUCCCGGACCUCCGUAAUGGCGGGGUGGAACAUCCCCAUCAGCACCAGCAGCACUACGGGGCUGCAGUUCAGGUGCCUCAGCAGACACAGCCCGUGCAGCAGCAGCCCCAACAGGGUACCGAUCCCUGCGACCCCAGUCUACUCAGACAAGGAGUACCAGGACACCAUUAUGGUGCCACUGGAGGGCAGCAGGGGAUGCCCUACCCCAGGUUUCCACCCUACGACAGAAUGGACAUCCGUAACGCGGCCUACUACCAGCAGCAACAGGAGCACGGGAGCAUGGACGGGAUGGCAGGUUACAGGUCGACGUCCCCUACCACGGGCAUGGGCCACAUGGGGCACACGCCAACCCCUAAUGGACACCCAUCGACGCCGAUCGUCUACGCGAGCUGCAAGCUCCAGGCGGCGGCGGUCGAUCACCAGGGCAGCGUGCUCGACGGACCCGACAGUCCGCCUCUUGUCGAACCUCAGAUGCACCACCAAAUGCACAGUCAGCAUCCCCAUAUGCAGGCUCAGCAAAGUCAGCAUCAGCAGCAACAGCAGCACCAGCAUAUGCAACAGCAACAGCACAUGAUGUAUCAGCAGCAACAGACUCAGGCAACCGCCCAGCAGCCCGCGGCUGCGAUGCACCCUCAGCAACAGCAACAGGCCCAGCAGCAUCAGGGCGUCGUAGCUUCCCCUCUUGGUCAACAACAGCAGGGUGCGCCGCAGGGCACGGCAAGCGCAAAUCUCCCCAGCCCGCUUUAUCCGUGGAUGAGAAGUCAAUUUGAGAGGAAACGGGGUCGACAGACCUACACCCGGUACCAGACCUUAGAGCUCGAAAAGGAGUUCCACUUCAAUAGAUAUCUGACCAGGCGGCGGCGCAUCGAGAUAGCUCAUGCCCUCUGUCUGACGGAGCGACAAAUCAAAAUUUGGUUCCAAAACAGGCGAAUGAAGUGGAAGAAGGAGAACAAGACGAAGGGCGAACCGGGCUCGGGCGACGGUGACACAGACAUUUCGCCGCAGACGUCGCCCCAGGGUUGAGAGUCUGAGGUGAGUGAGCUUCCAAAAAGAGGUCUCAUCUCUCAGGGUCGUUAUACCUUGUCUCUAGCACUACCUCUUCCCCCCCCCCGAUGACCUCCAAAAUGACCCCCACAGCAAGCAAUGACGCUUAUCUUGUCGUGUUAAUGAAGUUGCUCGUACCAAAUAAAAGAAGAGACGCAAAGGGAUAUAAUGAUAAUGACGAAGGGACACAGGCUGAAGUGGACGCGAAGAUGGCUUUACGGUUAAGGAGAGAGGAUGAGUGUGUGGGAUGCUGACGAAGAGGAAACGAAGGGUGGAGUGACAAAGAGAAUGGGAAAACCGGUGAGACAAGACGGAUGGGCUGAACGAGUCGGAUUCGAAGAGUAUGGGAAUGCGCAAUGCUACCGAAAUAACAUUUAAAAACAAGAAUCAUUUAAAAUAAUGAAUAAAUGAAAACUGGAUCACAUGCUAAUCAGAACCGCGUUAACCUCUAUUACGUUUAAUCGAAUAUAAUUUACUAAAGCCUAUAUAGAGAUACGAGAUAUUACGUAACUUAAUGCGACGUGUGCGUGUGGAUCGAGUGAGUGCGGGUGCGUGCAAGAACUGCGUACGCAUGAUGGGAGUCCGAGUGUGUGCCUCGUGUGUGAAUGUUACGUCAGACGUAUAGCAUGAGUGGCAGAUACGAUUGAGUGUUGAAAUGAAAAGUGUGAGAUGCGAAUGUUGAUGAGAAAAUCGAAGGUACGAACUAUGAUGAUGAUGAUGAUGAUCCGCGUAAAAGUUAGGAAGCGUUUUAUUAUUUAUUAUUCUCUUACGUCGUACAUAUGUAGAGCGUACGUAGCGUUUGCUAGUGUAGAUAACGGUUAUCUAUUACGUCUCUAUUAAACGACAGAUAGACGGUUUAGUAUUAUAGAGAUUGUUUAGAUAGUUCUCUAUUACCGCGGUGGCUCGGCGAGGGUAUGCAGUUUUUCGCGACGUGCCAAGUGUGAUCAUAAGUUUUUAGUUUCCCUUUUUUUCUUCCUGGAAGAAAAUAAAUGAAGAAAAUACCUUAUAAGGGUUCGGGAGUAAAAACGGAAGUGGGAUGGUCUCAAUGUCCAUGAACGGGAAGUACGUGAAAUGGAAAAUAAUACGUUGCGAUAUUGUAUGGAGAAUUAAAUUUAAUAAAAUUUUCAAAAUUUCAAUAGAACGUCCAUAGGGUGGCGUAUCGUGGUCGAGAAUGGAACCAGUGAUUGUAUACGUGUGAAAACGAGAGAAAAUUACUCGAUGUUACCGGAAGUAAAAGAUUUUAUUUUUUAUUUUUUUUUUCUACAUGCAAUCAUCAUACCCAGUGAUACGGUGAUAUUAUAACGAUAUUGGAGUCGAUAAAUCGAUCGUGAAAUAUAAUGAAGAAAAAAGGCAAGAAAAAUUAAUCGUAUUACUCGUUCGCAGUGUGUAUUUCCAAGACGGCGCCUUGGAAGUUUUUUUCGAUGAGAAUGGAAGAAUUUUAUUCGGUGAGAAUGUAUAAAGAUUUGGAUGAAUGAUUUAGGGAGGAGGCUUGUAAAAUGAUGGAAGUGCGUGCGGAAUCCUCUGGCGGAGCAGCGAUGAAUUCAUCUUGGCUAUUCGCUUCUUGGAAUUUUCAUCUGAAAGGUCAGUCCUUUAAAAAGAAUUAACAGGCAAGCAUUACACAUAUAAUUUUUUAAAUUUAAUUUCACAGACCUUAUUGCCUGUUUUUGAAUUAAUUUCGUCUUUCACGAAAAAUACUCCACUGUCACCUUACUGUUGCAAUUCGAUCCUGUUCCGCUUAUAAGGACUUUAGCAUACUUAUGUUUGACCUCUGCAUUUUGAAUGCACCUGUACUCGUAGAUAUUUGCUUCUCAGUUUAAAAAGUUGCCAAGAUCUUUUACUUCAUUCUGCUCCGCGUACUCGAGGUCAAGUUACCAUGUGACGUAAUUGUGCACAAAGACGAUUCGGAUUAUUGAGAUCUGGAAUCGGCCGGACACAUCAAGCGCGGUCCCAAUUCGGGUUCAUUGACGAGAAUUGCAUGCAUACCGGGUCGUCGAAAAUGUUCGCAUCAAUUUGUCAGAAAUUCAGUAUCGUUUUGCAAAGCUAAUCUGUUCACGAGGUAAAAUUUUGAAAAUUUUAUACGAUCGAUCCUUUAGGUACCAGUUACCAGUUGCAAAUCUCGUCAAAUUAAAUCCGGGCACGACAAGCUGGAUCUUUUGACUCCGAUAGUAAAUUUAACCGUCCUAAAAUUUCUCCCCCCAAAAAAAGCGUUUUCUUAUUAUUUAAUGGAAAUUUAAGAAUUUCGACUAUAUAGUACCUAUAUGUAUACUUGCGGUUCGUUGCAACGAUUCUUACGAUAAAAUCACGCGUACGGUCGACGCGAAAAAUGUAUAGACACCCUUAUGCACUGUACACGAUUCGGGACUAAAAUCAUUAAACGCGAUGAUCAGUCAUGGAUUUGAAUCCUUUAUAAAUAAUUUUUUCCAUUUCUUAACAUUUUUCUUAUUUUCUGUUUUUUUUUUUUCCUAUUCAAUACCCAUUUCGUUUUCUCGUUGUCUAGUGUAUGUAUGCGAAGAAAUCGUCAGCCCGGGAACCGACUGAUCGAUCGGAAAUCGAUUUUUAAUCUUCGCAUGUAAACCGAUUGUAUACAUAAUAUUAAUAUAAAUUACCGAAGAUCGAUUCGGUUCCCGUGGUAGCCGAGACGCGCCGCGGCGAAUUCUGUGCUGUGUUGUAAAGUUAGUUCGACACUUAGUUUUAUUAUACACGAUAACGAUAUACGUAAAAAAAAAUAUUAUAUUAUAAAUAGAACGAUUAUUCUAUUUAAGAAAGAGGAUUUACCGUGAACGCGUAGAGGGAUGAGAUUACGUCAGAUAUCCUGGGUGAUGUAUCCCCCAGCAUCCCAAUCCCAAAAUUUCACUACCAUUACAGAGCAUCGAUAUCCCAUCCCUUGCGCGAAUCCACCUCUUCCGUACAUCCCUAUGAAAAAGUCUUUCGAAAACCCCAGAGCAUCCCAGGUUGUGUAAAGAAGCAUAGAACUGAUAUACGUAAUACGUGGUCCAGCUCGUACGCGAAAGCGCGUCGUUCGAGAGCGACCGGCCUUUCAUUUUCGAGAAAUUUAUUUAUGUAAUUUCAAUGUUUUCAAGAGCGCAACGAAAUGUCUUGUAAAACGAAUGAAAAGAAAAAGAAAAAGAUUAUACGAACGAAGAGUCGAUAAACCCCAGGGCCAUCGUUAACUGCAGCCAGCGGAUCCUCAAAAAAUAAAAGUAGCUAAAAUUAUAAGAGAGGGGCAAUAUUCAUAACCCCUAAACGCUGCAUCUUACGUCAAAUCUAUUCGUGUAUUCUCGUCACCGAAUAUUAUGCAAUAAUAUUCCCACGGUGAUUGUUACCCGUUAUCAUAUAUUUCUUAUCGUCCUAGCUUCACGUAUUCUUUCUUCGCGUCUCACCUGCAGCUUGUGUAAAUAUAUAUCUUCAUAUGGUCCUUUAAUGAAAAUUUAAAAAAAUCACUUUAGUCAUAUACCCCUGUAGUGUAUAAUCACGAUGCUUAUUUAAUCGAUUCGAUCAUAGGUUUAUAUACUAUAUAUAGUAUAACACACUAUGUAUAGUAUAGAUGCGUAUAACCUAUCUACUUGGAAGUUUCUUGAAAAUCGAUCCGCCGGGGUGUAAAUUUUAUAGUCAUCGUCAUCCCCUCGGUUCAUCCUCCUACGAUCCUGUGUUUGAGUCCCGAACUAUACCUAUACUUAGCGAUAAUACAUACCUUCGCACCUUCUAUAUCCCUUGGUGGGUAUUAAUCGAGCAUUAAUCAACGAUCUCGAGGGUGUAUAUGGGUCACACGAGCAGCGGUAUAUCGAGGCGCAGGGCGCGGCUCGCGAGACAAAAGGAAAAUUUAUCGCCUUCGUAUAACGUACGACGUAGCUACGUUUUACGCCGUGCUCUAUUCUUGCGUAAUCACGUGGUCUUAAAAAAAUGCACACCCCCACCCCCUUAUAUAGCACACUACCGGGGGCCCUUAUCGAAUCGAUAAGAACGAUUCGAAAGGAGAUUUGUUCGUGAGACACGAGAUUACGCAAGGAUAAAGUAACGCUCUGUUAGGGUGGCGGGAAACCGGACGGGUUUUGAAAUCGCAAGUAACGGAAUUGACCCUCUAAUAGUUACGCCCUGCGUUUUCCCUUUUCGCCGCGAUUAAUUUAUAUAGUAUUUUUUAAUUUUGUGCAAUCCUUCACCUGCUAGAGGAAGUGACGAGAAACGCGUAUUAAUUGAAUUUUUUUAAUGAAAUCGGUGAUAGAUAAAUAUGAAAAUAUAAAAAGCGUCAAAAUUAUGAAUUUUAAUUCCCCCUCCCCUAUUUUCUUUUUUUUUCAUGUAAAUGAGAAAAAUAUUUUUGUUCUAUGAAAAAAAGAAUGUAGGCACCGUCGCGCUGCAGAGAACGAUCGCCAUGAGCACACCCAACGUACGUAAUAUGAAAAAAAGAAAUUUUCUAUCCGCUGGAUAUUAAAUGAUUACCUUAUCAUUAUAUAGAUUAUAAAUGACGGUAACGAAGAAUUCGUAGAUUAUAACGAAAAGGUAUAAAUGCAAAUUAUAUAUUUUAUCUCUACUCGUAAUUAUGGCCGCGUAAAAUGGUGAAUACGGAUAUACGUAAAUUAAAAGUACCGUGGAUGUAUGUAAAGUAGAGGUUAACCGUGAGAGAUGAAAGAAAGGAGAUGAGAGAAAAACGAUUACGCGUACGUACGAGGUGUGUCACUAGGCUAGCCCUUUAAAAGAUAAGCUAACGUCUAAAAAUCUAAAUCUUCAGGAUUAAGGUAUUAGGCUUAAGUAUGCAGGCGUGUCGGUUGCAGCGGGCGGGGGCGAUGGUGAAUUACAUAAUUAAAAAAAAAAAAAAUAAUAAAAAAAAAGAAUCUUAGUAAAGGAAAUAUAAAAGUACCAUAAAAGACAGAAAGACAAAAUAAUUUUCAAAACGAUACCGCUCGAAUUUCGUUGGCGCUCAAAAAUUUCAUCUCAACGAUAAGGACGCGCGCACGUGCUUAUCUUAGAAGUUACAAUGUGUUCCCAAUGGAAAAUGAAAGAACCUGUAGAUCGACCUGUGGUUGGCGGAUUAAAUAGAUGUGUGGGGGUUUGCGGUGAUGUACAUAAUUUAAUAUUUUACUGGGGUAGCCCGCAAACGCCAGGCGGAAUCCAAUGGGAGACAAUGCGCGUUGCGCCUAUAGGGAAAGGGAAUUAAAAAGAAAAAGAAAUCACACGUAUAUAGCUAUUGGCCUGUAAUAUUACUUAGUUACGUAGUAUUUAUUAAUACCAUGUUAUCUCACAAAAUGGACUUCUUUUGUUUUCACCUGAAUGUCUAAUAAAUAUUUUUUACAACGUACAACUGCGUGUAGCCAUUUUACACGUGACCGAAUUAAUUUAGUACACUGUUUCACGUAUGUCAAUACGUCUAUUAGUAUACUCUCUCUUUCUCUUUGUUAUUCUCUUUAUAUCUCUCUGUCUCUGUCUCUCCUAUGCUUUAUCUCUUAUUGCCUUCCUUUGGAUGCGAAGUUAAGAAAUUUCUAUUGCAAUAUAAAAAAUUUACAUUUUUAUUUCAGUUUUAUCCCUCCAAAACAGAAUUCUGCGUUUGUGAUUAUUAUAUUUUUCGUGGAUUCGAGACGUGCCCUGUAUAUUCCCUAAAAUCCAAAAAAUCGUAUAAACUUAAUGAAUUAUGAAAAGAGGUGAAUAUAUUAAGUACUCGCUAAAGCCACGUCCUCGCUCGCGCAGACGCCGAAGAGUUCCUGGCCCUGCUGCUGCUCUCCCAGCAGGUGCCGUUAGUUGUGUAUACCUAUAUAUAACUAAAUACCUAACAUACGUAAAGAAAUCCCCCGGCUAGUUACUUUCAUACGUAAAUAAACUCGGAUUUACUUUUACUUACUUGUAACGUAAUAUUUAUCAUCGUGUAUACGGGGUCAGCAACCUUCAUUUUAUAUAACGCAGAGCAUAUUAUAACAGAGCACUUUGGCAUACCGCACUCUGAUAUAUGGUGGGACCACGCACUGUCUCGUUUACCUCAAUCAUAGAAAUGUUUUCAGUCGUGUAUAGCUCAAUGACCUAUUUGCAGAGAAAUCCGUUAGAAUCAUUUUUUUUAAAUAUAUUUCGAAUGAAUUAAUAUUAUCCGAUAGAAUCCUUUGAAAUAUAUGGUGCAAUUGAUCAAUACAUCAGGCACGUGUUUGAUUAAUUGUAUAGUGAUUUAUUACAUUUAGAUAUUUGUCCGUCAUUAUAACGUAUUGCGUGCGUAGUCUCCCCGUCAGGGUUCCACCUUAUUAAGACUGAUAAACCGGAAAAAAGUUCGCAGAGCGACGAUCGUGACCGAAAGCAGCCAAUUACGUAAACAAAAAUUUAGAACGUGGAACAAUUUUUGAAAAAUCAACGUGUCACAGGAAUCAAGGUGGAAUAGUAUUCGAGACAUGGGUGCAUAUAUUUUUUCUCACACUGUACAUUUUUCUCGUUUCGUACUAUUAGUAUCUACCCUAGGAAUCCUUACUGGCAAUUUUAUAAAAUUAUAUUGUGUAAAUUCCUAAAUUAAAUGAGUUGUAUAUCAGAUUUAAAAAAAAAAUCGAAAAUCCCAAUUGAACUAUUUCACCUUAACUCGCAAAAUUUACCCGAUAACACCCCAUCCCCUUCUAAAAAAAAAGAUGAAUCGCGAGUGACGAUAACACUGAUAAUAGCGUGUUAACUCGAAUGGACGAAGGUGAUGUGCAAAUAGUGAACGGCAGGGUCUCCUUUUUGAUCUUAUCGGCAGGGCAAUGUGAAACGCGACGUCUGACGUCGCGGCGUCGAAUCGCGAGCCGCGACUCUGUAUACGAUACCGCGUAGGUAAAGUAGGUACCUGUUUGCUAGAGAAUAAACUUUACAAAGUAACAGUAGCAGAGUUCUAUACUAUUUAUUACGAUGUACUGUAAACGAUAAUUCCUGUAAAUGCGACGUGGCGUCGGGGCGAUUCGUAUAUAGAAAAAAUAAAAAAAUUAAAAAAAAAUAAAUUACUAAUUAAUCGACUGGUAACACGUUACGACCGCUAUAGCGUAAGAGAUGACAAUAUUUACAUGAGCCGCGACGUCCUCGUACGCCAUUGUUUCAAAGAAUGGUAACUCACGUGUUUCCGUUAAUUCUGAAAGGCCCUAAUCUCUCUAUACCAUACACCGUUUACCAUUUACUUUGUUCCCUUUUGUAUUUUACUUCGUCCUCCCCUCGUGGUAUUAGUUCGAGAUCAAAAGGCACAGUGCCGACAUUUUAAUUUUCUCGAAUCUAAUUACGAGCACACUGGAGUUACCUAUAGAUGAACACGUGGACGCAUUGCCCCGACCGAUGGCACGUAAAGCCAAUGGUCAAUAGCCGUGCACAAAUAUAGAUCCAAUAGCGGAUUUUACCCGUUCGAGGAAAAUAGAUACUUGCGCUAUUCGUAACGAAUAACCAAAAGUACGAUUUUGAGAAAUUUCUAAAAUCGUGCAGGACGAUAGGUAACUGGCACUACAUACCGAACGAUUAUUAAGAAAAGAGGUAUAAAUAAAUGAAUGAAUCUAUAUAUAUAUAUAAAUAUAAAUAUAUAUAUAUAUACAUAAAAACAAAAAAGGUAUAAAUACGAAUAUUAUUACGAUUAUACGUAUAUAAUUAUUUUGUAGUGUCCCGCAGUAUGUAAACUAAAUGUAUACAUAAAGGACGACAACUAUGAUGACGACUCUGACGUAUUUGUGACGUACGACGUUAAUGACGACAACGCGAAUGAUGGUGAUAACGAUGUUUAUUGUAUUAUGAGUAUGACGAUGGCGAUGAUGAAUUACGAUAAUAGUAUUAUCUGCUAUUAUUUCGUCGAGUCUAAACCAUAUUGUAUUAUAUAAGAGUCUGUCCAUAUUAAUAAUAAUGAUAUUAAUUAUAAUAACUGUGUUUGAAAACGAGAAAUAAAUUGUGGUUGAAUAUGAUA